CUUUUAGCUCCAAACCAGACCAGGAAGAACAAAGAGUAUUGAUUUUCUUUCAGUGACAGUCAUCAGCUUGUUCUUCUUCUCUGUGUCAGCCAAUCACCACCUCAGCAAAGAUGACAUCAGUCUUUCCGUUUGCUUUGUUGCUCUGUUUGUCCAGCGGACUUUUAGUUGCAUAUGGUGAACAGGCCUGCCCUCCUGGUUGGACUCAGUUUGGUUCUCGCUGUUUCGCUUUCUACAUGCAGAGAAAGACCUGGUUCGAUGCAGAGACCUUCUGCCAGACCGCUGGUGGGCAUCUGGCUUCCAUCUACUCAGCUGAGGAAAAUACAUUCCUCCAAGACUUCAUUUUCCAAGUGACCGGUGCACAUACAACUUCCUGGAUCGGAGGCACUGACACAGUGAAGGUGGGCACGUGGAUGUGGAGUGAGGGAUCCAGAUUGAAAUACAAAAGCUGGGCUGCGGGGGAGCCUAACCUGCCUGGUGUGGAGGACUGUCUUCUGAUGAACUGGGUUGGAACAACCGGCUGGUUCGACUGGGUUUGUGCCAACCAGGCUUCUUUCAUCUGCUCCAAGAACAGCGUGUAACUCUACCACGCCGUCAUGAUGCCUCUACAGCUCAUCUAUACGCUCUAUCAUUGAUUCACUUUCAGUUUGUUUGGCAGACAGAAACAGCUCUCUGCUGACGGAUGACUCACUUUCGCUUGUUUAUUAUCUGAAGAGUUAGGGAACAGUUCACAUUUGGGUUUAAAAUUAGACAGAAACUGGCUCACUGAGCUGGACAAAAACAUCAGUACAUCUUUUCCAUUUUAGUUUACUGAAUAUAAUCUCUUAUAAACAGCGCCCACUCAUCUGAUAAAAUAUUAACAUAAUUAGAUUUCUCUCUGAGAGUUAUUGUUCAGAUCGAUACAACUCUCAUUUGUGUGCGCCAACUAUGAAGUUCCCUCGAGCAGAUGUUAGCUUAGUUUAGCAUAAAGACUGGAAACGGGGGGAAAACAGCUAGCUUAGCUUAGCAUAAAGACUGGAAACGGACAGAAACAGCUAGCUUAGCUUAGCAUAAAGACUGGAAACAGCGUGCCUGACUCCGUCCAAAUGUAAAUGUAAAAACAAAUCAGUAAUUGGACUUAAAUCUAUAGUAAGUAACACAAUGAAAUACAGAAAACAUUUGAAUACUCACACAUCUUUUCCAUUUUAGUUUACUGAAUAUAAUCUGUUACAAACAGCGCCCCCUCAUCUGAUAAAAUAUUAACACACUAAUUAGAUUUCUCUCUGAGAGUUAUUGUUUAGAUCGAUACAACUCUCAUGUGUGUACGCUAAAUAUGAAGUUCCCUCGUUUAGCAUAAAGACUGGAAACAGCUCGCCUGGCUCCGUCCAAAGGUAAACCUACCAGACAUGAGUGGUGACGAUCUUUCUAUCCAAAAUGGCCAUAUAGAAAAUAAAACUGUAUAUUUUGUCGGACCUUUCUGUGAUACAAGAGGAGAAUGCAACUGUAAUAACACUUCAUAAUAAAUAUUAAUAAUUCAUAUAGUCCACUGGUUUAAUGAACUAGCUCCUUUUUAUUCCUAAACCCAAUGUGUUGUGUUCUUUAUUCAGCAGAUUUUCUUCACUAUAUACUAUAUACUCAAAUAAGCAUUCAAAAAUAAAAGACAUAUUGUCACCAAAA